AUGCAGAGAGUCCCCCCUCCCAAACCGAGAUCAGGUGGAUUUCCGAAUGUACUCCGUCAUGCAAUUUUUGUCGAGAAAGUUGGACCUGCCACCGGCCACCACCCCUGGAAACGGCCACAGGAUCUCAAGAAACUACAAUUCCGACUUGCUGAAAUGAUCCCAGGUGAAGCGGCGAUGAAUCGUCACCUGCAAAACAGAGUCAAAAUCUUGGAUACUGGUAGAGGUCUUGAAAUGAUCAUUACCAACAACAAUGGAAACAAAAUCACGAAAUUUAUAAGAAGAGGCGUGUAUGCCUGCCCGUCAGUUGAUCACUUUGGAACGUCCAUAGAUCUCACAAUGAGACGAGGAAUGGAGAAUCUAGACCAAUUCAUUGCGAUUGCAGAACACGAAGCAGCCUUUGCUUCUAGAAUUCAGACUUUUCUAGUCCAGAUUUUGCAUGGAAAUCGGCCAUAUGUAUGGCAGUGGUUGGAAGAGUCUCAUGGGUGGAAACAUCUUGGGGCAGAUCCGAGCUGGGUUCGGGCCAAAAAAUUGAUCAAAUUUGAACAAUUAAAGGAGGUGUCUGUGGUCAUUCGCGGCCAGAUGCCGCUGACUGUCAUGACACAGGACUGGCGGGCAUGGAAAGUGAAACAAUGGCGUGAGGAGCUGUUGAAGUUGAAAUCAGAGUGGCCAGCGAGGUGGAGGGGGGUUACGCCAAAGUUGACCUUCAAGAAGCCCGAUUUUACUGUACUGGUAGCAGAUGAACCUAAUCCUGUAGCUGGAUAG